AUGAUAUUAUACAGUAGAUAUUUUUUAAGUCAGAGAGAUGUCUUGAAAAAACAGCUUGAAAAAUUGACUCCCAGUAAUAUAGAUGUGGAGUUCAUCAAGAUCCUGGUUGCUGGAGAAAUUGGAGCAGGAAAGUCCAGCUUUAUAAACUCAGUCAGAAGUGUCUUUCAAGGACGGAUCACCUCCAGAGCACUAGUUAGUUCAUCUGAUGCGCUAGGUAAAAGUUUUACAACAAAGUUCGAAGGAUUCCGCAUUAAAAGUGGAGACAAGUUCUUGCCCUAUGUCUUCACAGACAUAAUGGGCUUAGAACCUGCAGUGUUGGCUGGGUCACAACCAGAGGACAUCAUCAAUGCUGUAUUUGGCCAUGUGAAGGAUGGCUAUAAAUUUGAUGAGUCGGAGCCAAUCGCUCAAGGGAAGGAACAUUACAUCAGUGACCCCAACCUCUCUGACCAGGCUUUCUGUCUGGUUUACGUCGUAGCUGCUGAUACAAUAUCAUUCAUAGAUAAGAAACUUAUUGACAAGUUGAAGAUCAUUCGCCAAAGAAUCAGUGAUAGGGAUAUUCCUCAAGUUGUUGUCAUGACCAACAUAGAUAAAGCAUGUCCAUUGGUGAAGAAUGAUCUAAGAAAGGUGUAUCACAGCAAGAAGAUCAAAGAGAAGAUGCAGACGUGCAGUGACUCGAUUGGUGUAACAAUGUCCAACAUCUUCCCAGUGAAGAACUACCAUGAGGAAACUGAAACAAAUCCUGAUGUUGAUGUUCUGAUUCUGAAAGCACUGGAACAGAUUGUUAAUCUUGGUAAUGAUCGAAUUGAUAUCUAGUGACAUUAAGCCUGUCACCAUCUAAAAACAUCUUAAGAAUUGAAAAGAUGCUCUUUUCUCUGCAUGUUAUUGUAUGUUUUUUAAAAUAAAUCUGUUAUAAACUCACAGUGAUUUUAGAUUGAUAAGGACUUCAUACUGAUCAAAGACCUGUAGAGCUGUGCAAA